AGUCAAUUCAUUCUUGCUGCAUCAAAUGAUAAUGUAAUUUUACAGGAGAUAGAGAAAAGGAGAAGAGUUGAAGAAGCAUACAAAACAGUUGUGACAGAACUGAAGAAAAAGUCCCACUUUGGAGGGCCAGACUAUGAGGAGGGGCCUAAUAGUCUGAUUAAUGAAGAAGAAUUCUUUGAUGCUGUUGAAGCUGCUCUCGAUAGACAGGAUAAAAUGGAAGAACAGUCCCACAGUGAAAAGGUCAGAUUAUACUGGCCAGUAUCCUUACCUUCUGGAGAUGCAUAUUCUGCUGUGGGCACUCAUAGAUUUGUCCAAAAGCCCUAUAGUCGCUCUUCCUCCAUGUCUUCCAUUGAUCUAGUCAGUGCCUUUGAUGUUCACAGAUUCAGCGCCCAGGUGGAAGAAAUGGUACAAAACCAUAUGACAUAUUCCUUGCAAGAUGUAGGAGGAGAUGCCAAUUGGCAACUAGUGGUAGAAGAAGGAGAAAUGAAGGUGUACAGAAGAGAGGUGGAAGAGAAUGGAAUAGUUUUAGAUCCUUUGAAAGCAACGCAUGCCGUUAAAGGGGUAACAGGACAUGAAGUUUGCCACUACUUCUGGAAUGUCGAUGUUCGUAAUGACUGGGAAACAACAAUUGAAAAUUUCCAUGUUGUGGAAAAUUUAGCUGAUAAUGCCAUCAUCGUUUACCAAAUGCAUAAGAGAGUGUGGCCAGCUUCUCAAAGGGAUGUACUGUAUUUGUCUGCCAUCAGAAAGAUACCAGCAUUCAGUGAAAAUGAUCCUGAAACAUGGAUUGUUUGCAAUUUCUCUGUGGAACAUGACAGUGCUCCUCUGACCAAUCGUUGUGUCCGUGCCAAAAUAAAUAUUGCUAUGAUUUGUCAGACUUUAGUAAGCCCACCAGAGGGGAACAAGGAAAUAGGCAGGGACAAUAUCCUAUGCAAGAUUACAUAUGUAGCUAAUGUGAACCCAGGAGGAUGGGCACCAGCAUCAGUGUUACGGGCAGUGGCAAAACGAGAAUAUCCAAAAUUCUUAAAGCGUUUUACAACAUAUGUGCAAGAGAAAACGGCAGGAAAACCUAUUUUAUUCUAAUAUUAGCAGAAGGACAAGAGGGAUGACCCUGGAAACUACAGGCCUGUCAGUCUCACUUCAGUGAUUGGUAAAAUUAUGAAGAAGACUAUCCUGGGAGGUACUGAAAAACACCUGAAGGACAAUGCAGUCAUUGGUCACAGCCAACCUGGCUUCAUAAGGGGAAAGUCCUGCUUGACAAAUUUAAUUUCCUUUUAUGACAAAGUAACCCACCUAGUUGAUCAAGGGAAGCCAGUUGAUGUAAUCUUUUUGGAUUUCAGUAAAACUCCAUCUUAAAGCUCAGGCCUCCAUUUUAGGACCAGUUCUCUUCACCAUCUUCAUAAACAAUUUGGAUGCAGGACUCAAAGCCAUACUAAGUCUGUUGACUCCCUUGAAGGCAGAGAGGCCCUGCAGAGAGACCUCAACAAAUUAGAAGGCUGGGCAAUCACCAACUAUAUGAAGUUUAACAAGGACAAGUGCCAGAUUCUGCACCUGGGACGGUGCAACCCUGGAUGUAUGUUACAGACUGGGGAACAGG